AUGUUUGGAGUACAUUCGAGCAACAACAAUAGCGGGCUUGCAAGCCUUACAUCACAACCACCACAAAACACUCAGAUGUUUCAGGCUCCACUACAGCCGCCGUCACUUCAACAGCAACAGCAACGUUCCCAAUUUAGCGCAUCUUUUGGUACAGGCCCUUCAAGAUUUGGUACCUCACUUACCAAUACCGUAAACAUCAAUAAUAACAGUAGCGAUAUUAUUAGUAAUAGCAUCAACAACAAUAAUAACAUAAGUAAUAACAGCGACAACACAAACCAUCAUAGUCAGGGAAGUAAUCCUAGUUGGGUGAAUGAUCCAAAAAAAAGGUUCACUCCUCAUACGGUGAUAAGAAGGAAAACAACAAAGCAAAACUGUUCAUCUGACAUUAAUCAAAAUGAUGAUUCAUCUUCUAUCAAUACUACAAUGAGAAGCUUCAGUAAGCAGAAUCAGGAUUCCAAACAUAAUGAAGGAAGCAAAUCAGCGGUUACUAAUGAUAUCAAUUCCUUCUUAACAAAUUUCAACGAUAUUCCACCCACCGUUACUUUACAGGACUGGCAACGUGAGGAUGAAUUCGGUUCUAUUCCGUCUUUAACAACCCAAUUUGUUUCCAAUAAAUUUACAUCCAAAAAAAUAAAUAGCCCAGCCUAUGAUUCCAAGAACACUCCAAAUGUUUUUGACAAAGACUCUUACGUUAGAAUAGCAAACAUUGAAAAUAGUCAUUCAGAUAACAAUUACAAUACUGCGGAUACAAACAUUAACAAGGCUCACGAAAUCUCUAUCAAAUCUACAAACUUAAGUGCAGUUGUCGUAUUUGGUUACCCCGAAUCAAUUUCCAAUGAACUGAUUGAGCACUUUUCCCAUUUUGGUCCCAUUAUGGAGGAUUUUCAGGUUUUGCGUUUGAGUCGCGGGCUCAGCCCAAACUCCUUCAGAAUACUCCACAAUAGCGAUACAAGCAGUGAACAAAGUGAUUCUGCUGCUAACAAAUCCAUUACUUUUAAAGGUAGAGAUGAUGAAUUGAGUAACAGAAAAUAUCCAAUAUUCACCGGUGAAAGUUGGGUCAAACUCACUUAUAAUUCUCCAUCUUGUGCUUUGAGAGCAUUACAAGAAAAUGGAAGCAUAUUCCACGGCGCUUUAAUUGGUUGUAUCCCAUAUUCCAGGGACGUGGUAGAGCAACUAGCCGGUUGCAAAAUUGAUAACAUUGAUGACAUUGGGGAAUUUAAUGUUCCUAUGUAUCAGAGCCCUUCGACAUCAUCGACAUCGAGCACUCCGUCCCCGUCCAACAUAUUGCUAACCAACGAUGCUCUGCUAAGAAAAGACGUCAACUUUUCUGCAGUAAAUAUUGGUAAGGGAAUAAUCUUUCCAAGCCCCAAAAAGACAAAUUCUCUCAAAAAGCAAUUAGAUGGAAUGGAUGAGAAAUUGUUAUCCAUCCACAACACAAGCCUCAACUCGAAAAUUCCGACCGUACUGCAGAAUUUAGAAUCCAAAAUGCGCCUGAAUGAAGAGAGUUAUAGAAAUAACGAACCUGCUGGCUUCAUGCAUAAACUAAGUAAUUGGUUAUUUGGUUGGAAUGAUCUAUAA